GAACGUUCCCCACACACAGCACCUGCUUUCCUGGAAUUAUCCAGGGACCGAACGAGGAUCAGGGGAAAGUAAAGGUGACGCUAGCAGGCUGAGGGUGUGCUCUGCAACUCCUCCUCACUCAGCUGGGAGAGAGAGAGAGGGAGGGAGCUGAGCUAGGCAUGUGUCAGAGCUCCCCGCAGGGAGAAGGGUGCACACAGACCUGCUGCAGCUCACUGGGGACCUGCACAAUCCCUGACUUACUCUAUCCCACCUCCUGGAGGAGCACAGACCUCCCCAACACCAGAUCCCCUCUCACCUGGCUGCUGUCCUUGGAGAACUGCUGCCUUAACCUUGCACUUUUUUUUAAAGAGACAUUUCUUUACAAUUAACAUCGCCUCGCAAUGGAAUUAGUGUUAAGGUUAAUGAUUGCCUGUUCCCUGACCCUGAAGGCUGCUGGAGAUUUUAACGGAAGGUGGCCCACGCAAGUUGCUUCCUCUACGGGACUAUGUCGAUAUGGUAGCAGGAUUGAUUGCUGCUGGGGAUGGGCUCGCCAGUCUUUCAAUCAGUGUCAGCCUUACUACUACGUCUUAAGGCACAGAGUUGUCAGCCUAAAGUGUCGCCCCCAAGCCCUGUGUCAGCCGGCAUGUAAACAUGGAGAUUGUGUAGGCCCGAAUAAAUGUAAAUGCCAUGCAGGAUUCACUGGGAAAACCUGCAACCAAGAUGAGCGCCUUCUGACUCCUGAGCCGGAGUGGUCCCCUGAUGUGCCUCCUGAAUACUACCCUGUGGAUCAUCCAGUGACAGGGUUUCCAUCGGGUGAUCUCAAUGAAUGCGGUCUGAAACCUCGACCAUGCAAGUACCGCUGUAUGAACACAUAUGGAAGCUACAAGUGCUAUUGUUUAAAUGGCUACAUGCUUAUGCCUGAUGGAUCAUGUUCAAAUGCGCUAACAUGCUCCAUGGCAAAUUGCCAGUAUGGCUGUGAUGUAGUGAAAGGGGAAGUGCGCUGUCGCUGUCCAUCUCCAGGUUUGCAGCUGGGUCAAGAUGGAAGGACCUGCGAGGAUGUUGAUGAAUGUGCUACAGGAAAAGCUCUGUGUCCCAGAUUUAGAAAAUGUGUCAACACAUUUGGAAGCUACAUCUGCAAGUGCCACACUGGGUAUGACCUUGUACAUGUAGCUGGAAAAUACCAGUGCUUUGAUAUUGAUGAAUGCUAUACUGGGCAAUAUCAAUGCAGCAACUAUGCAAGAUGCUACAAUAUUCCAGGAUCUUACAGGUGUAAAUGCAAUGAAGGUUACCGGGGCAAUGGAGUAGACUGCUCACCAAUACCAAGAAUUAUGAUAGAUCCAUUAGGACCACAUAAUUUCCUCCCAGGUAAAGACAGCACGAGAAAUACAAUUAGGGGAACUGGUUCCACUCUGAGUGGUAGUGAAGGUAGCAGCAACAGAAUUCCUGAUAUCAGUGGCAGAGAUCCUAAGAGGCCUCCCCCAACCAUCUAUGUUACAGCAAAACCAACACCAAGGCCACAGCCCAAACCAGUGACAAAACCUGCUCCCUCACCGAUCACAAAGCCUGUACCCAAACCGACAAGACCACCGCCACCACCAGUGACAAGGCCACCAGUGACAAGGCCACCAGUGACAAGGCCACCAAAACCAGUGACAAGGCCACCACAACCAGUGACAAGAAUACCACCUAAACAAACAACAAUAAGCACUACCUUGCGUACUACUACUACUACAACAACGAUGACAACAACAUCAAAGCCAAUACUUGGGUCCACUCCAAAACCUGUGAGACAAAUAACUUUACCCACUGCAGUAACUGAAGACAAUAGGAUUCAUGGGGAACCUGAGAAACCUAGAGGAGAUGUAUUUAUUCCAAGGCACGGACAACAAAACAAUAUUUUUGAUGUGUUUGAAGUGGAAAGAGGACUGAGUGCUGAUGAAUAUGAAGGAAAUGAUGAUCCAGCAAAUUGGAUACACAGCUGCAAUUUUGACCAUGGCCUGUGUGGGUGGAUCAGAGAUAAAGAAAAUGACUUACAUUGGGAGCUAGUCAAAGAUGAUUUAGGUGGGCAGUAUCUGACAGUCUUGGAACCAAAAGGAAAGGCUGGUAAAGCAGCACGUUUGGUCCUUCCUCUGGGGCAGAUAACAUACUCUGGAGACCUGUGUCUGUCAUUUAAGCACAUAGUGUCUGGAGAAAACGCUGGAAAACUCCAGGUCUAUGUAAGAAAAGCUGGUUAUCAUGGACCAGCCAUCUGGGGAAGAAAUAGAGGCCAUGGAUGGAAAGAAACACACAUAAGUGUACAGGGAACAGGCAUCAGAAGUAUUGUAUUCAAAGGGGAAAAAGUCAAAGGAAAAACAGGACAAAUUGGACUUGAUGAUGUGAGUCUAAAGAGAGGGCACUGUCCAAAAGCACAUUAAGAGGACACUCGCCAACUGUACAGAUUAUUACUACCCUGCAAAAUACAGGCCAGGGAGAAUGGUGCACCUCACACAACCUGUUGUGAAACUGUGAUUAUCACAAAAUUCCCAACAAAAAGAACUGAAGAAGAAUUCCCUGCGAUCUUCCCCUCAUUAUGACAGCAGGCACAUGAAAUUGCAAGAAAGUAAUGUUUAUCAUAAUGACAAGUCAAUGGAUCCUUAUACUGUACCCAAUAAUCUUUCUCUAGGAGAACUGAAGAGAAUAAAACAAGGAUGAGCCUGGUUUAUCCAUUACAUUAACUUUUGACAUAUAUGUGCUUGAGCAUCUGGAACUGCAAAAACGCUGUUCUUAAGUUCCAUUGUUUGUAUUUUUAAAGCCAUAUAAAUGCUUGUUUUAUACUGAAAUAUUUAUCAAUUUAAUUGGACUUUACAAAAUGUCAAUGGAUAAUGGAGAGUCAGAUGUUAAAACUGGAUGUGAUUCAACAACCAAGAUCAAACGCUUAAAAAGUUCUAUUUCCAAGAACACAUUCAGACUAGGAAUGUUCCAGCUUGGUGCUUUUUAAAAGAUGCUACCGGUGCCAUAUUAUGUACCCGUCUCUGGUGAUGUUACUGUUCCUUGUGUGAAUACUUGGUCGUGAACAUACCUGCAUCCUUGUAGUCAAAUUGUAGAUAAAUAAAACGGUUUAAAUAUAGACUUAGAUCCAUCCACAGUAACUUGUAUGCCUGUUCAAAGCAAAAUGUGAAUUGUGGAUUGCAAGCAAUGCUAUAGGUUAUUCAUUUAAAUCUAAGAGUAUAAGUGCAUUUUGCCUUACUAGCAGCCCUAAAAACCAGCCCAUCUGAAUAUGCCUAGAUUGCUGUUCCAUCUUUAUUACUGCCUGAGGGAUUGUAAAGUUCAUUGUUGAAUGAGUUGAGACAGGGUGCCAAGCUGUGGGUUAUCAGUACCGAGGUGUAAAUGGGUUGAGGACGUUCAAAAAAGGCAAUUGAUUUGUAUAUGAGCUGGUAGCAAGUGUCAAGGUAGAUUGAUUGUCAGAAGUAAGAAGUGCAAAAACAAAAACAAAAAAAUCACUGUUUUUUAAUGGAUGUGCUUUUUCAGAAAGUGAAUGAAGAAUAAUAAAAAAAGUUAAAGUUUCCAAAUAUGUAAGAGGAGAGAUAAAAAAUAGACAAUAUUUGGUAUACCAUUGCAUAUUACAUUAAGUUCCAACUUGCUUCAUUUUUGGGCAUUACACACAACUGAACAUAAUACCACGAUAAACUUAAUACAAUGUGGAGGAAGCAUGGGAAUACAAGUUUCUAAUUCUUAGGGUGAAAGGGUAUCAUUCAGCAAAAAUUGAGUACUUUACAACUGAUUGUCCAAAUGCUGCCUACAGCUAUUACAAAUAUAAUAUUAUAGUAUUACAGAUAGCGAAAAUUUCUGCCAAACCUCAGAUUGUUUGUUGAGAACAUAGAAAGUGAGGCUAACAACCACAUGAGUGCCACAUAUGGAAACAAAUACUAAACAAUUCGUAAAUAUUUUUUUUUAUGUCAUGAGCAGUACAGAUCAAUAAUAUUAUAUAAUUAUAUGACCAUAACUGUUGAAUUGCAUUACAUACAAGUUGUAACCAGAUUCAGGACCUUACUAUACCCUCCCGUCUCAUAUUCCUGGCUUUUGUAAUAUUGCAAUCUUGAAUGCAAAUGUUUUUCGUCUCAAUCUUUACAUGAAUCCAAAGCCAUUAGGUAUUGAGCUGAGAGGAGCCAAGCUUACUCAACAAAAUUUAAUAAUUUCAAUUUACGACUGUCCAGACCCUCACUGUUGACAGCAGUGGAGAUACCACCCACAACACCCCAUCCAGCCCGAUAGUCCCUGAUCUAAAAAUCUUGUUAAUCUCCUGUGAUCUGUCUU